AUGAUCCCUGAGAAAGUUAUAUUACAAGAUCCUCAAUUCAAAGAAUCGCGACUAGAGUCUUUGUAUUCAAACUUCAAUCAUUUGAAGGAAAACCCAGAGGGACUUGAAGCCAACGUGGCAGCCUGGAAGUCGCUCCUGCUGGACGCGAGAAAUAAAUGUCCGGAUCAGUUCAAAGAUAAAGUUGCCUUUGACUCAGACAGUCUGGUGGACCAGUUUUCACUACCCUCAAAGGGGCUGGUACCCAAGGGCCUAAACAAGGUCAUUGAUCAGCUAGUACAGGAAAGAGUUUUGGUGCCAUUUUCGCAGUAUCAGCAAGACAAAGGUUUGCUAGGACGUGUGGUGGGGUGGGUGUUUGGCCCACGCUACCAGAGCGGCAACGACAAUUCUGGACAGCUCAGGAAGGGUGAACGCUUUGUAAUAAGCUCGGAGCUAUCGAAAUGGAGUUGCCGCUUAGGUUCGUAUCUGAGCAACAACUCUCCGCUGGUGAAAGACCAUUUGGUUGAUCUCGCAUCCAAAGAUUUGGGUCUUUCGCGAUUUGAUAUUGAAUGCUGUUUAAUAUGUCUCGAAAGAGAACGCAAGGUGGCGGUAGAAGGUGACGUGGUGCGCGUUUUGGACGAGAGUCAGCAAGAUGUGCAACUCUCACCCGAGCAAGUGGAAUCGAUCGCAACUUUGAAAUACUCUAUUUACAAAAUGACCAAGUACAACGAUGAGACAGAAAAAAGGGUCCACGAGCUGGAGGCACGUGUGCGCGAAUACGUGAAAAAGAACCAAAUGAUCAGGGCCAAAUCUGAGCUCAAAAUACAGAAAGCAUUGUCAGCAAAGCUGCAAAAAUCCACUCAAGGACUUGAGAACUUGGUACUGCUGCUCUACAAAAUUGAGGAGAACAAUAACAAUAUACUGGUGGUGAAGACUCUGGAGUCCAACUCCAAGAUUUUGAAGAGCAUGAACGAACAGGUUGGGGACAUCGCCUCGGUCGUGCAAGAGGUUCGUGAGGAGUGGGACAGAAUGGACGAACUGAGCGAGCAUCUUGGCGCGCUCACUGCGGACGACAGUUCGAUAGACGAGGAACUGGAGCUGCUCGAGAAAGAGGAGAAAGAGAAGACAGAAAAGGAAAAAGAGAAAUCAGCGGAGCCAGAGCCAGUGCCGGAGCCAGUGCCGGAGCCAGACAAGGAGGUGGAAGAGCCGGCAGCCGUGGAAGAUGCCGAAGCAGACUCGGUGCUUCUCGAGCGGUUCAACAAAUUGAAGCUACCUGCCAAAGCCACAGAGGAAAAAGAGCUAGAGAAUCCAUUACCUGCUUGA